AUGCCUGGCGCGCCCACCAACUGGUCACACCAUGCUGAUCUCCUCCGAGAUUUAGGGCGUGGGCCGCCGUGGCGAGCAAGCCCGGAUAUUCUGGAUGAUUUGGAGCAGGAGCAGCUUGCCUCGAUGAGAGUCCAUGAGACUCUCUUGCGACGCGUGAUGCACCUCCGUACCCCAGAGAUUCGAAAGCUGCAAGAUGCAGACUACAUGAGAGAGCACGGCUACUCCGUGCUCGCCUGUCCGUUGGGCGAAGAGCUGCCCUUCUCGGGCCCGGGCUCCCUACGAGGACAUGUUGCGUGGGUGUACUCGGAGCCAGUGCAAGAGAAGCGCCUGAAGCCCGCGCUCCAAAGUAUCGGCAUCAACUUGGAGGAUUUCCUUGUUGUUGAGGUCAAGCCGAACUCUUGUUCUAGUUUCGAAGCAGAGCUGUUCCUCACUUCUGACCCUGUCUUCCGCUGGGACACGGACGUUCACAGUCCCACAGAGGCCAUUCAACUCAGAGGGUGUACCUAUUGGCCCUGGGCUGGGCGUCUUGUUCCUGACGGGGUGGAAAAAGAAGCUCUUGCAAGCAUGUUAUGUCUGUGGGCUUCUUGCAUUGUUGUUUCCUUAUGGCCCUUGUGUAUAUUGCUUGGCACAAGAGAUGCGGUGCAUGAUGUGUAG